AUGGCAUACUCGCAUAACCCUGAUAUGUUUAGCUGGAAAAGAUUCACUAAGACUAAAAACCCCACUGCAAAUAAGUUAAAGUGUUAUUGAUUGUGUGUACUUUUGACAGGUGUGAGGUAAAGUAAAAUAUUGAUGACAGUCACCUAAAAAGUGGUGUACAAAUCAUUCAUUGAUUACCUCGACAGAUCUUUCACUGCAUGAGUAAACUCUGCAUGACUGCAAGCAAAACUUUUCAAUAUAUUCAUCUGUAUCAUACUUUCUGUCUCCGUCGCUCAGACACUUCCUUACAAACAAAAAAAAAACGAUCUACUCUAGAUGGAUAAACCAUAAUAAAAGUGAUCUCAAAGUUAUCUUUAGAAAUAAAGUGGUGCUUCAGAAUGUGUGGAUUUAUACGUCUCAGUGACUGGAGAAGGCUGAAGAACCCUUACAGUUUAAAAUGCCUGUCUGAGAUCCUCUAGUAGUGAUCAGGGUGACACAGGGAUACUUGAAGCACUCUUAGACAGAUAAAUGCUUUUUUCAACUGCUAUAGGAAAUGUAUCUGAAAUAAUCUGCUGACAUUAGGCGCUGUCUGAGCUCAAUUUAAAGAUAAUCCUCAGACAUUAGGCAUUGGCUGGACUCUUGGUUUUACAGACACCUGUUUACAACUCUCACAGUCUGUGAACCUGCCUGGGCAAAGUAAUGGCUAAAGCUGAGGUGACAAAGCACCACACUUUCAUUUUAUAGGCCCUCUUUGCUCCUGCUCUUUAAACUCUGCCUGAUAAAUACAAUCCUAAUAAUCAGAGUCUUCACUCGUUCUCUACAAUAACAGGUGCAGCACAAUAAUGGGGAUAUUGACCAAUGGAUGAAGGUGAGAGCUCUUUAUUUUCACUUUGUUUCACUUUACCUCCUGAAACCAGAGAUGGACUGUGUGUGUGUGCGUGUCUGCUUGCGUGUGUGUGCAGUGGAUAUUCUUGUGCUAUGUCUGUCUAUAAGGCCAUAUGUAUUCAUGACGUGUACUUUUGUGUCCCCAGACAGUGGAAAUGGCCUCAGACUUUGCAGUGACUGAGGUUUUUUCCCUGAAGAAGCCCCAUUCAGGAAUAAGCAGCCAGACAAUGGCACUAAAAAAUACAGAGCAGCUGCUGGAUCAUGACGAAGCAUAUGGGGAAGGUAGGCUACUCACACACAAGAAUCUCAGGCCUUUACAAAUGGUGUUAUGGACAUUUUUCCUGUAGCUCAGGCUCUUCUUAGUGAUUGGAUGAACAGCAAGUUGCGUCUGGAACUGGAGAUGGAGGAGGAUGUGAUUGUCUCCCCUGAGAGGAACAGUCCAGUAGCCAUGGCACCUGCCCAGCCUGUCUCCCUGGACUACAGUAACUUUGAUGGUACAGAGACACUAACCUACACAACAACACUUAAACUAUUUGAUGGUACAGAGACACUAACCUACACAACAACACUUAAACUCUUUGAUGGUACAGAGACACUAACCUACACAACAACACUUAAACUCUUUGAUGGUACAGAGACACUAACCUACACAACAACACUUCAACUCUUUGAUGGUACAGAGACACUAACCUACACAACAACACUUAACUCUUACCUUCCAUCUGACAUUCUCUAGCAAACAGUGGAACUCACACCUCUCGCUAUACCUUGUUUUCUAAAGUUCAGUUAAUACAUCAUACCACAGUCAGUGGGUCCAUCGGGACCAUACGUCAUACACCCUCCGUCUCUCUCUCAGACCUGUAUUCCCACCUGGCUGAGGAGGAGGAGAGCUCAGUGGUCAACAACUUCCUUCAAGACCUCAUGGAGCGGGAAGUGGUGGAAUCUGGGAUAGUGCAGGAUCUGGCACUAGACUGAGAAGAGCGAGACAGGAGGAAGAGGAGGGACCCGGGUCUUACCAUGGAGGCGCGUCACCAACAGGUACAAAACCAGAUUGACAUAAAGCAGGAUUGGACAGUCUCAGAAUUCUCAAAAUUCCCGACAAAAUAUACGAAUUUUUUUAUUUAAAUCAAUUGUUUGGUCCUCACAAGAAUAGUAAAACAAAUGUGUGUGUAUAUAUUUUUGAGUGUCUGCAGAGGCACUUCUCUGGCUGGUACUCUGCUGUUGGAGAGGAGGGUGCGGAUGGGCAAGGCGGCGGCGCUCUGUGAUUGGAGGAGACAGCUGAGGGCGUGGCAAGCCUGGAGGUGGUGCGCGUGAAUUUUUACUCACCAAAGUAGUGUGGUCAAAGACUUAGUAACUUAGUUGUAGUCACCAUCUGGUUACCUAUAACUACAAAGAUAGUUAUGUUUGAGUGUUUUUACAAAUGUAUUAACUUACAGUGCGUUCAGAAAGUAUUCAGACCCCUAAAAAAAUUUUACUCAUCAAUCUACACACAAUACCCCAGAAUGACAAAGCGAAAACAGGUUGUUAGAAAUGUUUGUAAAUGUAUUACAAAUAAAAAACAGAAAUACCUUAUGUAAGUAUUCAGACCCUUUGCUAUUAGUCUCGAAAUUGAGCUCAGGUGAGUCCUGUUUCCAUUGAUCAUCCUGGAGAUGUUUCUACAACUUGAUUGGAGUCCACCUGUGGUAAAUUCAAUUGAUUGGACAUGAUUUGGAAAGGUGCACACCUGUCUAUAUAAGGUCCCACAGUUGACAGUGCGUGUCAACUGCCGGCCAGACCCAUGGGCGGCACACAAUUGGUCCAGCGUCGUCCAAGGUAGGGGAGGGUUUGGCCGGCAGGGAUGUGGGUUCAUUUCCCACGAGGGGCCAGUAUGAAAAAAAUAAAAUAAAAAAAUAUUUUUAAAAAAUGUAUGCAUUCACUAACUGUAAGUCGCUCUGGAUAAGAGCGUCUGCUAAAUGACUAAAAUGUAAAAUGUAAUGUCAGAGCAAAAACCAAGCCAUGAGGCCGAAGGAAUUGUCCGUAGAGCUCUGAGACAGGAUUGUGUCGAGCCACAGAUCUGGGGAAAGGUACCAAAAAAUGUCUGCAGCAUUGAAGGUCACCAAGAACACAGUGGCCUCCAUCAUUCUUAAAUGGAAGAAGUUUGGAAUCACCAAGACUCUUCCUAGAGCUGGCCGCCCGGCCAAACUGAGCAAUCAGGAGAAAAGGGCCUUGGUCAGGGAGGUGACCAAGAACCCGAUGGUCACUCUGACAGAGCUCCAGAGUUCCUCUGUGGAGAUGAGAGAGCCUUCCAGAAGGACAACCAUCUCUGCAGCACUCCACCAAUCAGACCUUAAUGGUAGAGUUGCCAGACGGAAGCCAGUCCUCAGUAAAAGCACAUGACAGCCCGCUUGGAGUUUGCCAAAAGGCACCUAACGGACUCUCAGACCAUGAGAAACUGUCCUCUGUAGCUCAGCUGGUAGAGCAUGGCGCUUGUAACGCCAAGGUAGUGGGUUCGAUCCCCGGGACCACCCAUACACAAAAAAAAUGCAUGCACGCAUGAUUGUAAGUCGCUUUGGAUAAAAGCGUCUGCUAAAUGGCAUAUUAUUAUUAUUAAACAAGAUUCUCUGGUCUGAUGAAACCAAGAUUGAACUCUUUGGCCUGAAUGCCAAGCGUCACAUCUGGAGGAAACCUGGCACCAUGACAAGCGUCACGUCUGGAGGAAACCUGGCAUCAUCCCUAUGGUGAAGCAUGGUGGUGGCGGCAUCAUGCUGUGGGGAUGUUUUUCAGUGGCAGGGACUGGGAGACUAGUCAGGAUCGAGGGAAAGCUGAACGGAGCAAAGUAUAGUGAGAUCCUUGAUGAAAACCUGCUCCAGAGCGCUCAGGACCUGAGACUGGGGCGAAGGUUCACCUUCCAACAGGACAACGACCCUAAGCACACAGCCAAGACAAUGCAGGAAUGGCUUCGGAACAAGUCUCUAAAUGUCCUUGAGUGGCCCAGCCAGAGCCCGGACUUGAACCCGAUCAAACAUCCCGGGAGAGACCUGAAAAUAGCUGUGCAGCGAUGCUCCCCAUCCAACCUGACAGAGCUUCAGAGGAUCUGCAGAGAAGAAUGGGAGAAACUCCCCAAAUACAGGUGUGCCAAGCUUGAAGUGUCAUACCCAAGAAGACUCAAGGCUGUAAUCGCUGCCAAAGGUGCUUUAACAAAGUACUGAGUAAAGGGUCUGAAUAGUUAUGUAAAUGUGAUAUUACAGUUUCUUAUUUUUAAUACAUUUGCUAACAUUUCUAAAAACCUGUUUUUGCUUUGUCAUUAUGGGGUAUUGUGUGCAGAUUGAUGAGGGGGAAAAAAACAAUUUAAUCAAUUUUAGAAUAAGGCUUUAACGUUAUCAACAUAUGGAAAAAGUCAAGGGGUCUGAAUACUUUCCGAAUGCACUGUAUUUCCGGAUAUCUUCAGAACUACCCACAAUGCACUAUUUCUCAACGUCAUAUGGAAAACCUGUGCUACCUAGCUAGUUCCAACUGGCUAACGUUAGCUACUAGCCAUACUAGCAUGUAAUUACAUUCCAAACCAAGUGUUGGCACGGGUGAGCUAUUAUGUACAUCCUUGAAGAAGAAACCAUGUAAAUCAUGAGCAAAACUGGAUCUCCUCUUUUCCUAUGCGUUUGGUAGUGGUAGUCGAGCGAGUUAGUGCAGUAAUACCCACAAGGAUGGGGUUACCACUCAUUUGAGAAGCUAGCUUUGAAGUGGGACCGGUUUGUCUGGUUGAAGCGAGCGGAUUAGAGUAUGGGAACCGUGAACACGUCUACUGUAUGCGGUGCUCAUUUCCCCCCGGAGUACUUAGUAUAACCAGUGGAAGGCAGGAUUCGGAAUGAGGCUGACUGAAACCAGGUGCUGUGCCGAGCGUGAAUGUGAAGCCUGCCACCUCUAUUUCCUACCGACCUACCGGUACAUCACGAGUGUCAGCAGUGAUGGACAUAAACUGGCUAACGGUACAUCACGAGUGUCAGCAGUGAUGGAGAUAAACUGGCUAAAUUCAAUGUGGAUUUACCUCACUAUAUCACUAUUGGAUUCUUUGACAUUGGUAGUUAACUCAGCCAUCAAAUGGUAAGUCUCCGCUCUCUCUACCUCAUAUAUUGCUGGCUUUUUGUUGUUGUUGUUGUGUUCUGUGGGUUCCUGCCUGUGCUAGACUAGUUGUUCUCUGGCUGACUACUUAGCUAUGUCAACCGUGGUGGUUAGCUGCCUAGGCUAGGUAGCAGGCUAAAAUAAUUAUCUUUAGCUGGCUGGCUUACUUGCAUAUACCGGUAACAUUAUUUGAUAAAUGUAUUUCCAAAACUUUGGUUUACUUUAAUGUAGCUGUAAACUAGGUGUUGAUAGCAACUGGCUGACUCACGCAAUGCUAAUGUAACUUUAGCGGGCUAGUAGGGCUAACGUUAGCAGGUUAGUUGGCUAGCAACCUUGAAGCUGAUUUGUAUCAAUAAAUUCAUAAAGUAUUUGCUUGUAAGAAGGUAGCUUGGUAAGGUAUAAUCUGUCGUUCUGCCCUGAUCACCUGGCUGUGACACCACUCUCUGAGGGUGUCUCACAGGAGUGGCAUAUUCAAGAAAGACAUUUCCACCUCACACUUGUACAGGUUACACAACCUGGUUUAAUUUGAAGUUAUUUCUGUUGGAGUUUACAUUUUAUGGAAUAGGCCAUAUUACAGCCCGCAAAAGUUUUUUCCAGCAUGCAAUAACUUGAUAAAUAGAAAAGUGAGGUGUAACUUUGCAUUGGGACUUUUGAUGUGUAUUCUUAUUGUUAUUGUUAUUUGUAUUUAUUUUAUUACCCCCUUUUUCGAUCUUGUCUCAUCGCUGCAAUUCCCCAACAGGCUCGGGAGGCGAAGGUCGAGUCAUGCGUCCCUCGAAACAAGACCAGCCAAACCACGCUUCUUUACACCCACCCGCUUAACCCAGAAGCCAGCCUCACCAAUGUGUCGGAGGAAACACUGUUCACCUGACGACUGAGGUCAGCCUGCAGGCGUCGGCCUGCCACAAGGAGUCGCUAGAGUGCGAUGAGCCAAGUAAAGCCCCCUUGGCCAAACCCUCCCCUAACCGGGCAAUGCUGGGCCAAUUGUGCGCCGCCCUAUGGGACUCCCGAUCACGGCCGGUUGUGAUACAGCCCAGUAUCGAACCCGGGUCUGUAGUGACGCCUCUAGCACUGUGAUGCAGUUCCUUAAACUGCUGCGCCACUCGGGAGGCCUUGAUGCGUAUUCUAAUGCAAAUAUGUUACUUGUGUUUACGUUUAUGCUACCUACACUUUAAUACUGAAUCUGACUCAUGAACACAGAGAAAACGUGCCAAAUAAAUAGGUGCCUGCAAACACCUGGUGAAGACAAUUAGCAAAUCUGGCCCUCAAGCUCAUCACAGUCACAGCAGGUGUUUGUCUCUAAUAGUGCGCUUAUCAUUGUAAUCCCUCGUAGACGCUGCCAGAUGGCGAUGGAGAGUGACCGGAGGCGUAUGUUAAGGCGAUGCCUGAGUGAUUGGCGGUUGUGGUGCCGGGCGGCGAGAGGACGGCGGGAGCUGUUGGCACAGCAGGAAGAGACGCGGUGCAAGAUGGCCGCACUGAUCAAUGCUGCGGCAACUGGGAAACUCAAGGUGAUGGAGACGCCUGCUCCUGAGCCAAUCACAGCCCCGCCUGAGACUUUUGACCAAUCAGAGACCACAGAACUGGUGAGUGACACUUGAAGAGCACAGGCAUAGAUGCAUAGGAGGUCACACAACAAAUGACAGAUAAAUACUUGCACACACAGUGUUGUGUCUGCCCAUUGGAUAUACAUUUGCUGGAGCAUAUAAUAAUAAUAAUAAUAAUAAUCACAUUAGAGACGGAAGCCCCGAAGGUGGUAACGAUGUGUAGUCAUGAAAUAAACAUUAGCUAAUUCUGCAAAGGGUCAAAUUAAUCUGCAAGGCAAUAAAUGUGCUUAUGUAUUCAUUUGGUGAAAGUCAUAUAUUAGUCUAUCAGUAUUUACUGAAUAAACAAGUUCUGUUUCAGAGUUCCUCUCAUCGCAUGAGUUUGCCCGUACUUUUCUCACUGUGAGUUUAUCGUCCGGGGAGAGAAACGUUCCCUGCAUGAUGAGAUAUUCACAACACUACAAGGUUAGCUUUCUCCUCAGAGAGCGAAAGCGAGGAAGGGGCUAACAAAAAGAGAGAGGUAGUUGAAUAGAGUUUGAGGGAGAGAGGUAAAUUAGAAAAGGUGGAAAUGGCACAGCAGCUUCUAGCGAGAUGAUCAGCUUCAUCCUAUUUUCAUGUGACCCUCAACUGUCUCUGCAGAAAGGUUAGGUGUGGUCACGACCUGUUGGCCCCACCCCCUCUACUGCCUGUCAAGGUGACGGACAGCUGGGGGCUGUGGUCCCGCCCACCCUCGCCUGGCAGGUGACACAGCGUCACGCAGCACUGAGUGCAGGUGAGUGAUCAAAGUAGAAGUUGAAAUACUGUAUAUGACCCUGUAUCUGUGAUUAGGGGAAACUCCAAUCUAUAUAUUAGUUAAGGGCAACUUCUGUCUACCCUCUAGUUCUAUCAAGCAGGGGUUGGAACCUAAAUUAUUUUCCAAUCUUUUGUUCUGAACAGAACCACCAUUUUUUUUAGUUGCGUUCCAUUGUUCCAACCAAGGUAGUUGAAAUAUAUAUCGGUGAUUAGGGGAAACUCCUACCUAGAUGUUGAAAUAUAUCAGUGAUUAGGGGAAACCCUUUACUUCUACCAAUUAUUUAAAAAAAUUAAGUGCAACAUUUCACAAUGGAUGAUAAAGUUCUGUUCUAGUCAAUAGGUGAGCUGAGGCGAGCACGGCAGAGGGGUGAGGUGGGCGAGGGAGGUGGGGACGGCGGUGUAGGUGCUGCCCCCGUUCUCGUAGUGCAGAGUUGCUGGAGGGCUGUUCGAGCCAUUGUCGUGUAUUAGGAUUAUGCCUUUGUUAAAUGUUUUUCAUGAAGAAAUGGAAUGUUGUUUAUGUUAGGUCAAAUGUGGCGUUUGUGGGGUGACGCCCCAGGGGAGACUGGUGAUUGGCCAGAAGAGGGAGCACCCAUCUUUUUGCAUUGUUUAUAAGUAGGGGCUAGACAAAGAAAGGGCAGAGCGACCAUUGCAAUCCGGGCCGUCGCUCUCCGGAUGUCAUGACAUCUGUCACUUAUGCUGAAGCUUGUGAUAAGAAUAAACCUUAUGAUCCAAGUUCAGUAUGAGCGGACUCCUUUGUUUAUCAGCAAUAAUUGCCAGCACUUACGCGAUACGACACCAUGCCAGCCAGCAGCAGACCAUCGCAGAGCGAAGGAGGCUCCUCCGGGAACAGCAGGAGCAGAUAGCACGCCUGCAGGAGGGAAAAAGCAUGAUCGGAUUGAAGCAGGAGGCCCAGAUCGCUCAGCUUGCUGUCCCAGCAGCCCCAGGUCCCAGAGGGAUGACCUCUGUCCCCAAAGAACCCAGGUAGGCCCCUGUUCACAUUACCAUGGGAACUUAGGUGAGGCCCACAGGCUGCCUGUGUGGGGGUGUGGUGUGUCUGUUUGUUCACGCAGGGUCCUCUGGAGUCUACUCAAACCUCAAGACCCAAGCCAAUCGAUACCAUGUGGGACUGCAUAGAAAUUGCGCUUUUCCGCUUGGACAGAAUAACGUGAUUGUGGUUGAUUUCAGUUACAGAGGUCUGCAUAGGACCCAAGGGGAUCAGCACUCACUUUCAUUGGUAGUUCAACAUUUAGUAUGCAGUGAACACAAGUUGGUACGAAAGCUCAUGACUUGUGGACACUCAUCCAUGACUUGAAGCAGGCAGCUAAGCAUUUUCUCAUUUUGGAGGCUGUAAGAGGCUUUCAAAUAGCGCUCAGGUCUGAAGACAAGCCAUUAUCCUGGUGAAAGCUCGGGUUUGGGUAGUUGUGGUUAUAUUAUACUACAGAACACUCAAAAAGUAGGAGUGUUUUUACUAGAAAAUAGUCACCUUAAUUAAGUUUGAGGAGUCAUCAGUGGAGGAUACAUAGAGCAUGAGUUUAAUUAAAGCAAUACACCACUUCCGCUUGAGAAUAAAACCCAGGCUAAUUUAAAAUGUACUAUGAUAAUAAAAGUGUUCUGCUCCCAGCAUACUGUAUUUCCCUGCAUAUUAUUCCAGGUGUGACAAUGUGUCUGCUGAAUGAUUCACUCAUUAAAAGUUGAUUUAUUGAUCACUACUGGGAUAUCCUCUUCUUGUACCCUUCCCUUUAAACAAAAACAAGUCCUUAGAAUGUCCCCUGUGUGCGGGGCUAGUUGGGUCAGUCUGGGAAGUUGGGAAUAGAGUAGAUCUAUAUUAGAGAGUGAAUAUUUAAUGAUGUGUGUUUCUGGGUGAUGUUCUGUGUUCCAGGGCUGGGAGUGUCUCUGGCGGGAACGAUGGCCGCUCCUUGGCCUCGAGGAAACCAGCCGUCCGUCAGCCCUGUCGUCAUCCCACCGUCAUGGGUCAGUCAGCACAUUCACCUCCAUGUGAGCUAAACCACACAUAGACAUCCAUUCCAGAUGGUUGAUCUUACAAUGGUCGGACUAUCUUGUCAUGAAGUAUGAAGAAAAGAGGAGAAAAUUAAUUUAAUUUCUGAGUUGGAUGUAGGGGAGAGUAGGGUAAGUUGAGCCAUAUAGGAUGUAGAGGAGAGUUAGUGCAUUUACUGUUCGUUAGGCCUACUCAUUUUGUUGGCUGACGAAAAGUAAUUGUGGACAGUUCUUCCGAUAUCUUCAAUAUGCACCUCGGAGUUGGAUAAGGACGCGCGCAGUUGCGUGCCCAAUGUGUCUGUCUUCACUUGUAGCCUGUGAGAAAGACCAGAUCACAGGAUGGAGAGCCAUGUGAGUGAGAGGUGCUUCGGAACGCGCAACACUUGGGGCGAAGGGCACAACGCAGCACUCCGGGCCAAGGGCACAACAGCCACUGGCCGCAAAAGGCAUGGAUUUUUUUUGGGUGCAUUACAGGCACAUAAAGGGGAUGCCGCCAUGAAAUCCGAGGCAUUAUCAAGUGCUUGUCAAAUUGUGAAUGAGAGACGUGAAGUGUGUACAACCUGCGCAAAAAAACAUAGAAGAGCUGAUGCCUUUCAAGCAACUUUUUUCAAAUCAUCAUUAGAGUCACAUCAUGCAGCCUUACAAUGUAUUAAAAAUCAAAACAUAUAGCCCAACGUUUGUAGAACAACUAAAGUUACAUUGAUAACUCUAAAUUAAGCAUAUAGGAAUACCUAUUUCUUUGUUAACCGCUCAACACAGAAUAGCCGCAUGUGCGCACUCCCUCAAAUCGUUUGGAGAAAAUAUCCUUUCUAUUUUAUUCAGCUUUGUUCAGUUGUAUUCUUCAUACUAUAAAGUAAUAUAAAAUAAUGCCAUGGAAUUCUAAGCAAAUCUUGUCUGCUAAAUGAACUAGUGUAGCCCACAGCCAUUUGGCAUAGCCAGAUCAGGACCUAACAUAAGGACAACUCACAGUAUGCUAUUCUGUAUACCUGUCUAAAAUAAAUAAUGGAUUUAUUGUGAAGGUGUAGGCUAUAUUACAUGGAUUUAUUAGACUUUUUUAAAUGUAGAUGUUCCAAAGGUCUGUAUCAGUGGCUUGUAGGCUAUGUGUGGAAGCCAGGAGAUGCUAAAUGUGUUUAUGUUAAUUGACGGUCAAUUACCAUGGGACCGACAGUUAUUUGCUUGACAAUCACCGGCUGACAACAUUUUGUGACCGCCACAGCCCUAGUCAAGAGAGCACUUUUUUUGGACAAGCUAUGUUUUCAAAACUGUAAUGUUGACAUGAAUUCUAAUUAUUUCCAGGGAUACACAACAUCCUGAAAUAUAUGUAGAUGUCUUUGUUAGAAAGAAUACUAUAUUUCCCUUGACAGAGUGAUGCUGAAUGUAAAAAAUGGCUCAACUUACCCCACUCUCCCCUAUAGAGCCAUAGCUGUAUAGAGCCAUAGCUACAGUAGCUUACAUGGAGGAAUACAGUUUCUCUCAGUUACACUCUGUUUGGCUGAAGUUUCCUCUACGUGGGAGGAAUAGGAAGAGGGGAUUUGAGAAAGGUGGAGGGAGCCUGCGGAUACACACACACACACACACAGACACAUACUGACAAACGCACACACACAAUACUUUUGAACAUUCUAUUUUGGCACAGAACAACACCAAAAUGUAUGUACCUAGCCUUUACCCCUGUUUUUAUUUCUUUUUAUUUCCCUUUCUCUUUCUCUCUCCCUCUCCCCCUUCAACCGCCAUGGAGGAACGUGCUCGUCAGCGAGCGGAGUGCAGGAGGGAGGGAGGUGGAGGAGCUGAAGAAAAAGAAGGAGGGGGAGAGACUGGUGAGGAAUGGAGUGUUUAGGCCAGUGGGGGAUGUGUAAUAGUUUGGUGUUCAAAAAUAUGUAUAGGUUUUCAGACGGUGGGAAUUAGAGAGGCUAUUCAAGUUUGCAUGAAGUUAUUGGGGACAAUGAAAGUGUGUUUGCAGAGGUAUAUUGGGUUUAUAGGAGAGUGUGUGCAGUCGAAUGAAGUGAGUCUGGGGAAGUGUGAUAGUGUGCUAGAAAGCAUUAAAUCAAGAAACUUUCUUCUCUUCUCAGGCCCAGUUGAAAGCAGCAGAGGAGGAGAGGCAGUGGGAGGAGGAGGAAGAGAAACAUAGAGCAGCUGAAAGGAGAAGGGAGAAGAGACGAGAGAGGUGAUGCAAUGUUUACAGUGAAACUGUACUGGGGACAACCUUCAUUUCAUAUUUGAAAGAAAAUCUGCCAGUUCACUAAGAGUGUAUAUUUAGGACUUCAGGGGCCAUAUGUAUCAAGCAUUUUAGAGUAGGAGUGCUGACUUGGGUUCAAUUAAUAUGAUUACAUGGACAGGAGGAAGCUGAUUCUAGAUCACCCCUCCUACUCUGUGACGCUGGAUACCUACGGACCCAGAUUUCCAUCACAGGGGCCGUACAGAAAAAUAGAUGUCAUCAACACCUAUACAAUACAAAACAUAAUAAUAUAAUAUGUAAUAUACAUACCGUAUACACAAAUUGUCCAUUAUUUCCUGUCCAGAAGGUUUAAUGCAGUUGGAAUUUCACAAAAUAGACUCUCUGGUGUUUUGAUGGCAGCUGUUCAAAGCAAUGAUGCAAUGGUUGUUCAAUGCCGUGGGUGAUAAUGUUCGCCUUACGUCUCACUGUCAAGGCAUGGUGGCCAGAUCUAAUUUAGACGGGGUGGGUGUGUGUGUCUGACUAACGGUGUGUGUGUUUGUGUGUCUGACUAUAACUGUGUGUGUGUAUUCAGAGGGAGGAGAACCAGAGGAGGUUGGAGCGAGAGCAGCAGCUUCAGACCCAGGCCCAGCAACACUACCACAGAACUCUGUUACUACGGCGAGGCCUGGCGCCAUGGAAACGCAUAGUUGCCAUGAGCCAAGCCAACACUCAGGUAAUCACCGGCGCCGUCAGCCUCGGCCAAUCAAUUGGCCCCAUGCAGAGUCUGCGCAGAGAGACUGUCAACGCACACUCUCCCCUAGUCACACAGCUCAGGACAGCCAAUCAAACACAGCAGAAACACACACUUAUGUAUUCACAGCUGCACUCAAAUACAAAGACAGAAGGAAAAUACUCUUUCCCUCAAACAAGGUGUCAUGCUUAUUCAGAUACCAACCAACACCCUCAUAAUUCCCAAUGGAAAUAUGAUACACACACUCUGUAACUAAAGCGUAAACCGAGCACACACAAACACAGACACACACUCUAAUCCCAGACAUCACGGUCAGAGCUGUAAUGAUGUUUACAGUAUGCUGUUGGUAUGAGCACCUGCUUGACCACCUGUCUGUGAGAACCAGCAGGACAAAUUGAACUGGCAGAGAUGGAACGAUGCUAGAGAGAGAGAGGCUAGAGGAGGAGAGAGGAAGUGAGAGGCUAGAGGAGAGGGCUACAGGAAGAGAGAGCGUGAGAUGAGAGGGUUUGGAGGAGAGGAAUGAUUGGUCUGAUUAAUGAUGGACAGGGAAGUGAAGUAGAAGUGAAGAUGGAUGGAUGGUGUAACAUCUCAGCAACAUAUUCUAAUCUACUGUAUGCAACCUUGAGCAGCUGAACAGCUCGUUCAAUAUCUCAUGUUCUAUUCUGCUAUUGGUUUACCUUGACUCCAAACAACUCUAUUCUCUUUAUUUACCAGUGGUCAAAGUCCUAACUUCUUUAAAGACCAUGACAUUGAAAUUAAGGUAGAAAAGAAUGCAUUAUAGCAUCUAGAGUCAAAUGUAUAUUAUAAACUGGGUUGUUCGAGCCCUGAAUGCUGAUUUGGCUGAAAGCCGUGGUAUAUCAGACGGUAUACCACGGGUAUGACAAAACAAAUUACGUUGGUAAACAGUUUAUAAUAGCAAUAAGGCACCUCAGGGGUUUGUGAUAUACAGUGGGGAAAAAAAGUAUUUAGUCAGCCACCAAUUGUGCAAGUUCUCCCACUUAAAAAGAUGAGAGAGGCCUGUAAAUUUCAUCAUAGGUACACGUCAACUAUGACAGACAAAAUGAGGGGAAAGAAAUCCUGAAAAUCACAUUGUAGGAUUUUUUAUGAAUUUAUUUGCAAAUUAUGGUGGAAAAUAAGUAUUUGGUCAAUAACAAAAGUUUCUCAAUACUUUGUUAUAUACCCUUUAUUAGCAAUGACACAGGUCAAACGUUUUCUGUAAGUCUUCACAAGGUUUUCACACACUGUUGCUGGUAUUUUGGCCCAUUCCUCCAUGCAGAUCUCCUCUAGAGCAGUGAUGUUUUGGGGCUGUCGCUGGGCAACACGGACUUUCAACUCCCUCCAAAGAUUUUCUAUGGGGUUGAGAUCUGGAGACUGGCUAGGCCACUCCAGGACCUUGAAAUGCUUCUUCCGAAGCCACUCCUUCGUUGCCCGGGCGGUGUGUUUGGGAUCAUUGUCAUGCUGAAAGACCCAGCCACGUUUCAUCUUCAAUGCCCUUGCUGAUGGAAGGAGGUUUUCACUCAAAAUCUCACGAUACAUGGCCCCAUUCAUUCUUUCCUUUACACGGAUCAGUCGUCCUGGUCCCUUUGCAGAAAAACAGCCCCAAAGCAUGAUGUUUCCACCCCCAUGCUUCACAGUAGGUAUGGUGUUCUUUGGAUGCAACUCAGCAUUCUUUGUCCUCCAAACACAACGAGUUGAGUUUUUACCAAAAAGUUAUAUUUUGGUUUCAUCUGACCAUAUGACAUUCUCCCAAUCCUCCUCUGGAUCAUCCAAAUGCACUCUAGCAAACUUCAGACGGGCCUGGACAUGUACUGGCUUAAGCAGGGGGACACGUCUGGCACUGCAGGAUUUGAGUCCCUGGCGGCGUAGUGUGUUACUGGUCCCAGCUCUCUGCAGGUCAUUUACUAGGUCCCCCCGUGUGGUUCUGGGAUUUUUGCUCACCGUUUUUGUGAUCAUUUUGACCCCACGGGGUGAGAUCUUGCGUGGAGCCCCAGAUCGAGGGAGAUUAUCAGUGGUCUUGUAUGUCUUCCAUUUCCUAAUAAUUGCUCCCACAGUUGAUUUCUUCAAACCAAGCUGCUUACCUAUUGCAGAUUCAGUCUUCCCAGCCUGGUGCAGGUCUACAAUUUUGUUUCUGUUGUCCUUUGACAGCUCUUUGGUCUUGGCCAUAGUGGAGUUUGGAGUGUGACUGUUUGAGGUUGUGGACAGGUGUCUUUUAUACUGAUAACAAGUUCAAACAGGUGCCAUUAAUACAGGUAACGAGUGAAGGACAGAGGAGCCUCUUAAAGAAGAAGUUACAGGUCUGUGAGAGCCAGAAAUCUUGCUUGUUUGUAGGUGACCAAAUACUUAUUUUCCACCAUAAUUUGCAAAUAAAUUCAUUAAAAAUCCUACAAUGUGAUUUUCUGGAGAAAAACAUUCUCAAUUUGUCUGUCAUAGUUGACGUGUACCUAUGAUGAAAAUUACAAGCCUCUCUCAUCUUUUUAAGUGGGAGAACUUGCACAAUUGGUGUCUGACUAAAUACUUUUUUCCCCCACUGUAUGUCCAAUAUACCACAGCUAAGGGCUGUGUUCUAGCACUCUGCAUUGCGUCGUGCAUAAGAACAGCCCUUAGACGUGGUAUAUUGGACAUAUACGCAGUAUUAUUUUCAUUUCCCUCCAGCUGGCCAGGGCUCAUCACAGGCAGUCUCUCCUGAAACGGUGCAUCCUGUCCUGGCAGCAGGUAGCAGGCGAGUCCCUGGCUCAGAAACGGGCCUCUGCCAAACAACUGCAUCAACACAUCCUGCUACGGAGGAGCCUGGGCAACUGGAAAAGAGUUAGGGCAUGAACACGUACACACACAAACACAUUCAUAAAUACACACACAAACACAAACACACACAAACAAACUCUCACAUGCACAAGUAGAAACUCAUACAAAUGGUCACUGUCUUUUUUCCAACACACAUAAACACAUUUGAAUACUGAUUACAGUUUAAUAGUGAUGAGGUGGAUAGUCUUUUGUAUAUUCUGCUCAAUGAGAUGUACAGUAUGUCCAUGAUGUGUACUGUAUCCAGCCCUGACCCAUUCUGUUUGACCCGUUCUGUCUCAGCUGAAGGACCACCGCAUGGUUCUGGAGGGGCGGGCCAACCGGUUAUGGCGCACGCACAUGACCCAGAAGAGGAUGGUGGAGUGGGACCGGGAGCAGCAGGCUCAGGAACACAGUGACAGGUGGGUGUGUUUACCUGGGCCUUACUGCCUUUACCAAUAACACCUGUCCUAGAAGCCUUACACCUGUCAAAGCCUUACACCUGUCAAAGCCUUACACCUGUCAAAGCCUUACACCUGUCAAAGCCUUACUGUAAGUGAGGACUUGGUGGACUGUAUAUUCUUUAGGUUAGGUGUUCUCUCCCGUGUGCUGGUAAGGGCACAGAUGACAGACAGGUAGGAUUCCAGUUGAGGUGGUUUAAUGACGCUGAAGAUGCACAGGCACGGAACAGCACCACACAGUGUAUGUAGUAUGGAUGGGCUAAGGCACUUAGUGGUCUGGCAACUUGCUUCAACCAAAGUGUGUGUGUGUGGUCUGCAAGUAAAGACAGAAAUAAAGAUACACUAGUGAAUGACAGAAUACAAUCUCCAAUUCACAGCUCUUAUAAACAAUAUGUAUGGCUAUAACAUGACUAUGAUGACUUAAUGCUAUACAGGACCAUACAGUGCAAUACAACGUGACUGUGACUGCACUCAUUUGUGAUCAAAGGGGUGCCGCUGCACGUGUACUACAAAGCAUAACACAAUCUUCAGUACAGGGCUACAACUGCACAAUGAACUUCAAUACCUCUAAACAGUGAAAUACAAUGUAAUAACCAUAUUAUGAUGUACCAUACACGUAUACAAUUACAGGGUGUUAACCGACGCACUGGGGGACAUUAUCCUUUACAAAUACAGGGUUAAAUGUCCGAAAUGAUAUGACAACCAAAACAGAGCUAGCCAGCCCACAAUAGCUAGCUCGCAGUAGAAACUACUAAUUAGCAUAACCAUAAAUAUUACAUUAUCGUCGCAGAGUGCAUCUUCUGACAUAAACACCUGAAAGAUAUGAUGUAUGUACUUACAUAUCAACAAGUAAGCACACUGGCCUUGGCUUACACAAUGAAAGCUAACUGGUGGGAAAACACAUGGAUGGCUGGAGCUUUCUCUUGACUUCUCUCGAGCGGAUCUUCUUCUCUGAGCUGGAGAUCACCCAGCAUGCUCUGCUCCACUUCACCGGUAGGCGGAGCUACAGCUCUGAUAUGAUGAACUAACAUUACUGAUAUAACUACAAAUACUUCACAGCCUUUUGUACACUUACACCUGUCAAAGCAUUACACCCGUCAAGCCUUACACCUGUCAAAGCCUUACACCUGUCAAAGCCUUACACCUGCUGUAUAAGAUGUAGACAUGCUCUGUAUGUACAACCUCACUUUGUUACUGUAUAACCGCUUGUAAGGGCUUUCUAAGUUGUUCUGUCUGCUUCCUUCUGUUCUCUCUCUGUCGUGUGUGUCUGUUCCUCUUGGUUUCUCUCCUCUCCGUCCCUGUCCCAGGCGGGCGGUGCGGAGCUGUUUCCAGGCCUGGAGACGGUAUCUAGGAUGGCUGCGUGAGGAGAGGGAGACCAGGAGGGAGCAGCUGAAACGCACAGUGGAAGAGGUCCUACCUGACUUCCGCUCCUCUCCUCUGAACUGUCCCUGGGAACAAGCCCUGCUGUGACUCACAGGACACACACACGUACGGUACACACACACACACACAGGCAGACAGACGGAAUACUUCGAUACAGGAUAUACAGGAUAUACAGAAAAUGUGGCUUAAGUUGCUGCUGGAACAAGCACACACACACAGGCUGUUUGUUAUCCUUAAUAACCAGAGAAAGCUGGAUAUAACUUUUAAUGAAGACAGUUUGGAAAACUUUUGUAACAGCAAUGACUCAUUUAAAACUGCAGUUGAUGUUCAGGUUAUUGAAUUUGUUUUAUUUUGUGUAUUAUUGAAGUCACAGCUUGAUGUAAUUUGACAGAAGCUUGAAGGCAUCAAUAAUAAUGAUAAAAAGUAUUCUGUUAUUCAUAUCACCAUAAACGAGUCUCACUGUGGUUUGUGUGUCAGAGUUGUUUUUCCCUGUCAGUACUUUGUUACUUUAUUCACUUAAUGCAACAACACUAAUGAUCCUGACACACAAAAAUGGUGUAGCCUAAUGGAAACGGCAGAUACAUUAUAGGAGAAAUGUUCUAAAGAUCGACAACAUUUUUAUUUGUUCGACAGGGGUAGAUUUUUAUUUUGUCAAACUUUCUUUAUUGCGACAAAUUAUGGAAAUUGUGUUUUUCAAAUACAUUAUGAUUUAAGGUCCUACGCAGUGCACGUGAUGUCAUCAAUUAUAAAGCUCCACUCCACAUUUAAUUAUAACUGCCUACUGCUUGCAAAAUCUAUUUUUCCAUCUAUAAAAAUAAUGUUUCUUUGCAGGACAAGGAUUUUCCUGACUUUCAAGAAUGCCUGAAUUGCUUCACCUUGUUUUUCUGGUUGGUUAGCAAGUUUCACCAUUCAAUUAUUUCAGAUCUACAGGUGUAAGUUUCACCAUGGCACGGACUGUGGCGAAAGCAAUGAUUUACACAGUAUAAACCCUGGAUUGCUGAUGCCAUUUAUUCGCCAAUGAGAGACUUUGAAGCAACCGGUCAGCCAUAUUGGCACUCCCCAGUAGCAGUAGUCCUCCAUAGAAAUGAAUGGAAUUCUACAUUAUUUCAUUUAAAUGUUUCAUGGCCAAAAUUAAGUGUAUUUAGGAUUUUUUUUGGUACUUGGUCACAGUAUCAUUAAUACUUUCAAGAAAUUAUCCUUUAAGGAUUUAUUUAAAAUUUUUAUGUUUAGCUCACAAAAUAUACUGAACUAAAAUAUAAAUGCAACAUGUAAGGAAGUCAGUCAAUUGAAAUAAAUGUAUUAGGCCCUAAUCUAUGGAUUUCAAUUGACUGGGCAGGAGUGAAGCCAUGGGCCCACUCACUUGGCAGCCAGCACAUUUUAAAGUGGCCUUUUAUUGUCCCCAGCACAAGGUGCACCUGUGUAAUGAUCAUGCUGUUUAAUCAGCUUCUUGAUAUGCCACACCUGUCAGGUGGAUGGAUUAUAUUGGCGAAGGAGAAAUGCUCACUAAUAUGGAUGUAAACAAAUUUGUGCACAAAAUUUGAGAGAAAUAAGCUUUUUGUGCGCAUGGAACAUUUUGGGGAUUUUUAUUUUCAGCUCAUGAAACAUGGGACUAACACUUUACAUGUUGCCUUCAUAUCUUUGUUCAGUGUAAUUUAAAAGUAUGCAUUAAAGGUGUCUGUAACAGAAUAAACUUUGCAAAAACUAAUGUAGACAUUUGGUAAAUGCAUUUCUAUAGAUUCCAAAAUAUUUGUCACAAUGGUGGGGGAGUGCCAAGAUGGAGGUGCAGUGGCUUCAAAACAACGCCUCCUGUCAGUCAUCUAGUGUAUAUAUGCAGAUAGUGUAUAUAUAUAUAUAUAUAUCUGCUAAAAUGGCAUAUAUAUAUAAAUAAUUGGAACAACUGGGGAGAGAUGGAGAUAGCGGUCAGAAGAGUCUGAGGUGUGGAGAUAUGCUGCUAUCUGUUGGUGAAAGACAGUACAGCAGCUGCAUCAUUCAACUCCUGCCCAUAUCACUGAGGGUGAAGUUACCCCUAGACACUGAUCCAAGGUCAGUUUUGUGUUCUUCCCCCUAACAGUUCAAGUCAGGAUUCUUUGAGGCACAGGAGGUUGGUGGCACCUUAAUUGGGGAGGACGGGCUCGUGGUAAUGGCUGGAGCAGAAUUAGUGGAAUGGUAUCAAACACAUAGUUUCCACGUUUCAUGCCAUUCGCUCCAUUACAGCCAUUAUUAUGAGCCGUCCUCUCCUCAGCAGCCUCCUGUGGUAUGAGGGUAAAAUAGAUCUGUUUCUGUGGGCAACUUCUACCUGGAUCGUCCAAUUGAUCAAUCACUUCUAACGAUGCAAUGACGAUGUUGAGCAGCUCAGCUACACCAAGACAGUGAGGCUGGGCGAGGGUGUGUGCAGGCCUUCUCCCAUGGUCAGAAACUCCGCCCAGUUGCCAACGGAAACCAUGUGUAGACUCCAGUGUCGACGACAAGGCCCCAGUAGUGGCUGCGGGCGGACUUGUCUCGGAGGGGGGUGCGUGCCUCUCGCUCUGUUACGUUGUAGCUGACGUUGAUGAGCUGCAGGUGUAGCAGGUCACCUGUCACUAUGCUGCUGUACCACGCACAGGUGAAACACAGCGCUGAUCUGGAACACACACACUUUACAUUGACAUUACAUUUUAGUCAUUUAGCAGACGCUCAGUUAGUGAGUGCAUACAUUUUCAUACUGGCCCCCCGUGGGAAACGAACCCACAACCCUGGCGUUGCAAGCGCCAUGCUCUACCAACUGAGCUACAGGGGUACUCGUUUUUUACUUCCCAGAGGAAAUAAACCAUGGAAAACGUAUUAUAAAACGGGUGCAAACACUUGGAAGAUUUGGCCCUAAAUUAUCCGAAACAGAACACAUUGGUCUAAAUUGACAGAAUUCAUAUCUGACCAUUUGAGCAGGUGGUUGUAGCAGGACCUUGUUAGUCACCUAAAGUCAGUGUCUAGUACCUCUACUUUCUCCUGCUCAGCGAUGAACUCAUCAAGGGGUACGUAAUCACGCUCCAGCGCCCGCUG